CGACGGGAAAGCCGCCAAAGUCUGGCAACACUACAUCGGUGGCCACAAGAAGAGAACCGAGUCGUAUAGAGAGUUCUUUUGUAACCUUCUUCGCGAACGAAAUAUCCACAAUGUGCUCGAUGUCUCUUGUGGAACUGGGUCAUAAUUGAGCCUCGUGCUCAUCGCCAAGAUGCAUGUUCUGUGAACAUGUUCUCCAUGUUAAUGUUAAGGGUGUGCCCUACCCUGAGAGUAUCAUUAGGGUUGUCCUUCCUUCUCCUUAUAAAAAGGAAGGUGCACUUGUAAUAGUGCAGUCACCAUACUUGCUAAGAGUAGACUCCAUCAUGCUGUUGGAAAAUGGCUUCUGUGUGACAAGUGUAGAUGCUAGUGACAAGAUGCUCAAAGAUGCUCUACGAAUCCGUUGGAAUCGGCGCAAGGAAGAGCCUUUCGACAAAUGGGUUAUUGAAGAAGGCAACUGGCUGUACCUUGAUGACGCUGACAUUGAACCUCCAGAGGGUGGAUUUGAUGGGAUCAUUUGUCUUGGAAACUCCUUUGCUCACUUGCCUGAUUUUAAUGGCGACCUGGCAAACCAACGAGUGGCGAUGACCAACUUCAUGAACUUCCUGAAACCUGGUGGAUGGCUGAUUAUCGAUCAUCGCAACUAUGAUGCAAUCAUUGACACUGGGAAAGCCCCAUCAAAAAAUCUUUAUUACAAUAGUGAAUGUAUCGAAGACAUCAAAACCUCUGUUCUCCUUGUGGAUGGUAGAGCUACAAUGGUCACCCUGGAUUACACUGUUGAUACAUCCAAAGCCAACAUAGAAAAGGAGUCAGAGUCUGAGCCAGUUGCCAAGAAAACGAAGACAGAAUCAGCAACACUCAGUAAGUUCCGCCUCUCCUAUUGUCCCCAUCGCCUUGCAAACUUCUCCAAUCUGUUGAAAGAUAUCUUUGGCAAGAAUGCAGAGCACAUUACAUUUGGAGACUUCAAGCCUCUAGGCAAGAUUGAAAACCCAGCAUACUAUGUACAUCUUAUCCAGAAACCAUUGACUGCAAAUGGUGAUGCACAGCCAGAACAGUGAGAGGAAGCAAGGAAGUAUUGACCUCAAGACAACCGAGACAUUUGACAGCUAAAAAUACCUUAUAUUAAGUUUAUAAAAAAUAACUAUUUUCUCUUGAACUAUGCUAUCCUCAGUACAUAAUCAAAAGCAGCAGACAGUAACAUUCAGAUCUGUGUGAUUAAGACUUUCUAUUCAUUUAUAUCAAAUGGACUUUGGUUUGAAUAACCUGGGAAUUAUCAAUAUCAUAUUACACUUCUAGUUUCUUUUGUCAAAUAUUUUUUUUACUUCAAGAUUUUGGCUUCCAGUAUGUAGAACUAAGUUUGUGUAUGCAUUGAUUCUUUAUUGUAAAUAGCUUUCAAUAACUGUAUAUGUACCAAGUUCUUGCUAUUCAUUGUCAAUAAACCAUGUUUUAUUA